CGCGUUUGAUUAUAUCUGCCUUUCUUUCUUUCGACUUUCGACGUUCGCAAAACUUCUUCCUCAAUCUCACGCACCACCCCGAUCGCCCAUUCCAUCUACCAAAAGUCCAGAGUACUUCCGAUAUACAAUCGACAUGGACCGACAAUCCGUUUAUUCCCUCAGCGUUCUGCCCCCUGAGUACGAGAGUGAAGAUACGCGUGGACAAAUCCAAACACAAUUGGAGCAAUUCAUUCUCCAGUUUCGCCUCGAAAAUACCUUUAUCUACAGAGAUCAAAUCCGCGAAAAUGUUCUGCUGAAACAAUACUAUUGCGAUGUAGACGUUGGACAUCUCAUUUCCUUCAACGAAGAGUUGGCACACAGAUUAGUGACCGAACCUGCCGAGAUAAUCCCACUUUUUGAAGCCGCUUUGAAGCGAUGCACUCAACGUAUCGUGUAUCCUUCGACGAAAGAUAUCGCCCUUCCAGAACACCAACUUCUUCUCCAUUCCUCAGCAGGCGAUAUCUCGAUCCGGAAUCUCGAUGCUCUCACGAUUUCAAGACUAGUUCGAGUACCAGGCAUUGUCAUUGGUGCAUCUGUAUUGUCUUCCAAGGCAACGGCCCUCCAUAUCCAAUGCAGAAACUGUCACCAGACAAGAGUCCUUCCAGUCGCGGGUGGGUUCGCUGGAGUAUCACUACCUCGAACUUGCGACAGAAUCAAGAUACCAGGAGAUAACCCUUGCCCUAUGGAUCCAUACGUCGUCGUACACGAGAGUUCUCAAUUCGUGGACCAGCAGAUUAUCAAGCUUCAAGAAGCGCCAGAUCAAGUUCCCGUUGGAGAGCUUCCCAGACACGUUUUGAUCUCCACUGACCGUUACUUGACAAAUCGUGUUGUUCCUGGCUCAAGAUGUACGAUCACUGGCAUUUUCUCCAUAUACCAGAACAAGCAGUCUAAAGGCUCGAAUACUACUUCUGCUGUUGCAAUUCGAACACCAUACCUCAGGGCUGUGGGUAUCCACAGCGACGUGGACCAUACAGCGAAAGGAAAUGCAAUAUUUUCCGAAGAGGAGGAGCAAGAGUUCCUGGAAAUGAGCCGCAGACCGGAUUUGUACAAUGUCUUCGCAAACUGCAUAGCACCUUCAAUCUACGGAAAUCAAGAUAUCAAAAAAGCGAUCGCAUGCCUCCUCUUCGGCGGGUCCAAGAAGAUCCUCCCAGACGGCAUGAAGCUUCGCGGUGAUAUCAACGUACUAUUACUUGGAGACCCUGGUACCGCGAAAUCCCAACUCUUGAAGUUCGUGGAAAAAGUUGCCCCGAUUGCCAUCUAUACAUCUGGCAAGGGAUCAUCUGCAGCAGGUUUGACAGCUUCUGUUCAACGUGACCACACAACUCGGGAAUUUUACCUGGAGGGAGGAGCAAUGGUCUUGGCUGAUGGAGGAGUCGUUUGCAUUGAUGAGUUCGACAAAAUGCGAGACGAAGAUCGUGUCGCCAUUCAUGAAGCCAUGGAGCAGCAGACUAUUUCAAUUGCUAAAGCCGGUAUUACUACCAUUCUCAAUGCUCGUACAUCAGUACUAGCUGCUGCUAACCCCAUCUUUGGACGUUACGACGAUUUGAAGACGCCAGGCGAAAACAUCGACUUUCAGACCACAAUUCUCUCUAGGUUUGACAUGAUCUUCAUUGUAAAGGAUGAUCACGAUAGAGCUCGCGAUGAAAAGAUUGCUAAGCACGUCAUGGGUAUUCAUAUGGGUGGCCGAGGAGUCGAAGAGCAGGCGGAGGCUGAGAUCUCGGUUGAUAAGAUGAAGCGGUAUAUCAGUUACUGCAAAUCGCGAUGUGCUCCACGACUCUCCCCAGAAGCAGCGGAAAAGCUUUCUUCGCACUUCGUUUCGAUCCGUAAGCAAGUUCAUAAUGCAGAACUUGAAGCCAAUGCCCGUUCCUCGAUUCCCAUUACGAUUCGUCAGCUCGAGGCCAUCAUUCGUAUCACAGAGUCUCUCGCCAAGCUUUCUCUCUCACCCAUUGCUACCGAGCAACAUGUAGAUGAAGCCAUUCGAUUGUUCUUAGCUUCGACAAUGGACGCCGUCAAAAUGGGUAGCGGCCAAGGUAGCAAGGAGUUGAAUGACGAAACCAACAAACUUGAGGAAGAGCUCAAAAAGCGAUUGCCUAUCGGCUGGAGUACGAGCUUGCAAACCCUCAAGAGAGAACUGUGCGAUGGGAAAGGAUAUAGUGAGCAGGCUCUUGCUAGGGCUAUCACUAUCCUGCAACGUAGAGACACUGUGACUCUGAGGCAUCAAGGUAGCCAGGUGUAUAGGAGUGGGGCAUGAGCGAGCUUCACGCGUAAUGUGUUGAUACUGGCGUUUGGUGUCCGGGUUGGAUGAUUGACGGAAGAGGUGCACAUUGGCGUAGGCAGGGGUUUGGGAAGGGUAAUUACGUGUGAUGUAUAAUAAUGACAUUGACAAGGCAAGCAAGCAUAUGAAACGAGCACGUAUUUUUGACUCAAU